AUGGAACAGGUACUCGCAGACGGUAGGUGUCGCUCGCAGACAGAGACACAGCAAUUGCACAUGCCGACGUGCUGUGCAUCAAACAUGUGUGCUGUGCUGCUCGUUGGUGUUGUGUUCCUCUGUACGCAGAGGUGCGCGAGAGACGUAGACGCCGGCUGCAGGAGGGUAAGUACCUACCCAUCUACCUACCUACACAAUAAUGAAUAGAUGACAUGUGACUGAUUGGAUGGAUGGAUGGAUGGCGCUUGUUUGUGCGUCUUGUCUUGUCUGUCUUGGUUUCAGAGGUCACGGCUGCCUCGCACAAGGAGCGGACGGCCAAGUUUGAGGCCGAGGCAGGUAUGCAUCCAUCCACCAGCAGACUCGAGAGACACACUCAUCCACGUCCGUCCUUCUGACGGUGUUCUGUGUGCGUUGCGCAUCCCAUCCAUGUGUGUUCAGCGCUCACUGCCACGAUUCGCAAGCAGCGGGCCAAACUCAUCAAGGCCGGUAUGUAACACAUACAUACAUACAUACAUACAUACAAUCCGCCGCCACACGCACAGAGAAAUGAUUAUAAGAUCAUCAGAUGGCCUCUCUCUGUUUGUCCUGCCUGCUUUCGAUGCAUUGAUGGAUGCAGCCGAGAGGCGGGCGAUCAUGCUGCGCGACCUCAGUACGUCACGCCUAGCCUACACAUCAACACAGACACACACACGAGUUUUGUGGGUGUGAUUCAUUCAUUCAUUCAUGUGUGCAGAGCUGCUCAAGGUUAAAGUCCAUCUACGCCGAGGCGGCCGCAAAGGCGGCGGCCGUGCGGGAGCCGGCAGAGGGUAUGCACACACCCAACUCUCAUCAAUGUGAUGCGGUAUCUGUGAUGUGUGAUUGAUGUCUUGCGCUGCAGGCACUAUCAUGGUGUUCGGCAAGAGCAAGUUCUUCGACAAGCCCAUCGACUACGACAACGAGUCCAACGGUCUCGACUUCAGGACGGUGCGCGUGACGGCAGCGGUCAAGUACUGCGGGUACUACUACAAGCUGAGGAACUGGGACGACACGCCCUUCGGUGGGUCCGUCUGUCUGACUGACUGAUUGAUUGACGACACACACAAAGCCAGACAGACAGCGGGGAGGGACUUCUGUGUACACUCUCUCUCCUUCUCUCUCUCUCUCUCUCUCUGUGUGUGUGUGUGUGUCAGAGGGCAUGGUUUGUGUGUCGGGCUACGCGAGUACCGAGUCGCCUGAUCUGUUGCCUGUGGCCCAAUCCCUGGCCGAGAGGUUCGCCCACCGCCUCACUGUCGUGCGCAAGGACGGUCAGUGCACACCACACCAACACGCACCGCCCGCCUCCCUCCCUCCCACAUAUGUGUACACGUGUGGCUGUGUCAGGCACGUUGGCUUACCUGCAUCCGGAGGGCAAGGCCAUGGUCACGGUCGAGUGCGAGAAGGUCGGCCACGCGGCACGCCCCCGAGGUCAGCCCCGAGACGCUGCGCAAGAGGAGCAGGAGGGAGGGGGCAGGUAUGAGGAUGUAGGAAAUUGAGAGCUGGGAAUCGGCGAGAUUCUCCGUGUCUCAGAUAUCGCUUCCUACAUUUUAUAUCCCGAGGCGUCUUAUAUCUCCCUGGUCUUGCGUCUUAUACAUUAUCUCCGAGGUGAUGUCAAAGUCAGAAUCUUCGCCGCCCGCGCUGCAGAAAUGUACCCACACGCCUGAGGAUCAGCAAUCGAUACUCUCAUUUGUCUGGCUUUUCUUCAGGGUUGUAGAAGAACAAGAAGCAGCAGCAGAAGCAGCGGCCAAGUACAAGUCCAAGUCGAAGGCGGUGCACAACGCCAUAGACAAAGUGGCUGGAGUGGCCUGUAAGACGAGACACCAAAAGGUUCAUCGUCACUUUCCACAAGGAUGCUCUCAUUUCUGUGCAGUGUCGGGUUUCUGGAGGCCGCCAGCAGCAGCACACCCCACGGAGUGAGAAACGUGAAGUUUCCUUGUGUUCGCUUCCUCAUUCAGUCACUUCCCCUGCCUGUCUGUCUGUGUCGGCCAGCGAGCAAGAGGGUGCUCUUCCUCCUCCAGCGCAUGAUGAACCUCUGGAUUAUGUCGAGAAACCCGGGCACCACCAUGUUGGACCACGUGGCUGGGGGGAGGCUGAAGGUCGGCCGAGGUGAGCUGAGCACGAGAACAUGUGUUCAUCUAUGGGGGAGAAAAGGAUGCAUCCAUGCAUUUCUGUCAUGCAGGCCGCAACAGGGACACGGCGGCUCAAGGGCCCGGUAGGACGGACGAUUAAGGGGUACGUAUACGGUUGUGUAUCGGCGCUUCAUGCUGCCUUUUGUGUGUGCCCUUCUGCAGGAGAGGGUGGUCAAGUCGAGGAGCAGGAGCAACAGGACGACGAGCAACAAGGACAGGAGCAACAGCAACCAGCCAUCACGCAGGUAUCUGUGAGUGUGUGGUAUCUCCCUCCUUUCUAUAUUACAUUCGGUGCUUCUUGUCUGUCUGUGUCCUGUAGGGGGUACAGCAAGAGGCCGAGGACCAACAGGAGGCGACUGUGGAGCAGCAGGACGAGGAUGGCCAGGACGCCGUCGAGGAGCAAGGCGCCGAUCAGCAACAGGAGCAGACGAAGACCCAGGUAGCCACGAAUGCCCAUGAUGAAUACCUCGUGUGUACACAUGCUCCUGUGUGUCUUGUGCUCUGUUGGUUUGUGUGCAUAACCAGAACCAGGAGCAAGAGCAGCGGCUAUGAAUCUGUGGGUCAUGUCGAGAGACCCAGGAACGACGAUCCUCGACAAUGUUGCGGGGGGGAGGUUCAAGGUCGGAGGACGUAAGUUGAGCAAGAGAAUAUGUGUUCAUCUGUGGGGGAGGGAGGGAUGCAUCCAUGCGUCUCUGUCAUGCAGGCCGCAAUAGAGGCGCGACGGGGGAAGGGCCCGGUAGGACGGACGAUUAAGGGGCACGUGUACGGUUGUGUAUCGGCGCUUCGCAUGCUGCCUUUUGUGUGUGCCCUUCUGCAGGAGCGGGGCAAGUCGAUGGGCAGGAGGAGGACGGGCAAGAAGGACAGGAACAACAGCAACCAGCCACCACACAGGUAUCUGUGAGUGUGUGGUAUCUCCCUCCUUUUUAUAUCGCACUGGGUGCUUCUUGUCUGUCUGUGUCCUGUAGGGGGUGCAGCACGCGGGGGAGGCCGAGGACCGACAGCAAGCGACUGGGGAGCAGCAGGGCGAGGAACAUGCCGAUCAGCAGCAGGAGGGGGGCGAGGAGGACCAGCAACAGGAGCAAACCAACACCCAUGUAGCCACGAUGCCCAUGAUGAAUACCUCAUGUGUACACAUGCUGCUGUGUGUCUUGUGCUCUGUUGAUUUGUGCGCAGGACCAGAACCCGAGGAGCAGCAGGUGCAGCACGCGGGAGGAGCAGGAGGCGAUCAGCAACAGGAGCAGAACGACACCCAGGUAGCCACGAGUGCCCAUGAUGAAAAGACCCAAGUACACACGCUGCUGUGUGUCUGUGCUCUGUUGGUUGUGUGCAAAAGCAGGGACAGGAGCAGGAGCAGCAGCAGGGGAACGAGACCGGUAGGCAUCGGGCCGAAGUGCACAAGAUGCACAGUAUGAGACGUAUGUAUCCUUUCUGUGUGCAGAGGCCAAGGCGGCCAACGACACCCAGGACAACAUCGAGGAGGGCGAGAAGCAGACACCCGCCCGCCCCCAACGUGUAAGCCCCCAGAGAAUAGUGGCAAUCAAGGACCAUUCGAGUGUUUGUGUAGGAGGAGAUGUCGAUUUCCAUCCGAUUCGAGACAUAGACAUCACACCAAAGGAGAACCUGGUAUACACGCUUGCACAGAUCGACAUAGCACAACCAAAACACAAUUCAUUCGCUCGUUCGAUGGCAACCUGCAACCAUUCAUUCCAACAUGCAGGCUGCAGUUGUAGGGACGGUGGCCGACCGAGUCGGCAUUGACAAUAUCAUAACCGCUCUGGCGACCAAGAACACUGCCAAAGUACGGGAGCGAGCAGACAAACAGACACAGACACAGACAUAUAGACAUUUAUACAUAUGUCUCUCCCACGUGUUUGUGUAGGGGGAGAUGUCGAUUUCCAUCACGAUUCGAGACGACAACAAACAGUCGACGCCGGUAGGUGGCUAUGCAAAUGCAUUCACAUACAUGGACAAAUGUGUGUGGUGAUGUGUGUGUGAAUGAAUGAAUGUGGCAGCUUGAGCAGCUUGAGCUGUCAAUGUGGUCGAUCGUUGUCUACAUUUUAUAUCCUGCGGUCUCUUCUUCCGAUUCUCGCGCACGGAGGCGCUGACAGGUAGGCAUUGAGCUCAAUUCAUUAUUGUCAAAUUGUAGACAGGUGGAGGAGGCUGAAACCUUGUCAACGCCUGAUGCUCAACGCUCCGGCCAAAGGCCCCGCGAGUCAGUAAGGGCUGUCAACCUUUUGACAUGCAUCAUCCACACGGCAUUGUCUGUCAUGGCGUCUUGGAUGUGCAAACCAACAGUUGCACAUGCAGCUGCGCCCUUUGAUUGCAGCGUGCACAUCCAGGACGCCAUAAAGGAGCAAAGGACGGCAGGGCCAUGAGAAAGAGACUUGUGUGGUCCUUGUGUGUAUGCAGGACGCGUUGGCGUCGUCGCCCAGCAAGCGCCGGACCGAGGUACGUAUUGCAGCAUGUCGUGUCACACAGACGCAUCGCUCCUUGCUGAUGUUCAGAGACAGUGGCGGCCGGCCGUGCCAACCAUCGACGAGGACAAGGACUCAACGGAGAGGAAGACGAAGAGGUAUCCACCGAACAACCACGUGAAUUGACUACACGGAUCUUUUCAUUUGCUCUGGUUGUAUGCAGCCCGACGCGACUGGCGAAGACCUGGAGCGGCUAUCCAAUGCAUCUGUCGACGAAGAGGAGGAAGACCGAGAGCUGCCGGAGGGGCCACAAGACCAUCAGGACCAGGAUCACCCGGAGGACAGCACCAUCAAGGGCACCAAGGUAUCCACUAAUGCAUGUGCUGUCUCUUUCGUGUCACUCUGAUGACCACGGUGGUGUGUGAUGUGUCUGUGCGGUCCCUGCAGAAGUGCGAGACGUGUGGCCAGUUUCUGUAAGUGCACCCAUCGUUCAUUCCUCAUCAUGACUGUGUGCCGUCCUUCUUUUCGCUCAGCGAUGCCACGGACGAUCUCGUUGCCCUGGAGGUCGAGCAAGAGUGAGGCGACAAGAAGGCCAUCACCUUGCCAGUCAGAAUGUCUGCAUCUGGAACUACUGCCUUUCAGUUACGUCAAGAAGCAGAAACAAGACCUCGACACUGGCAACGAGCGGCUCGUUGACCAGCUGUAUAAGGCCGAGACCGACCUCGAGUAAGGCAUCCACGCACCAACAACAAUCUGCUUUUCUCAUCGUGCUCUCUUUGAUACAGGAGGGAGAGAAAGGGAAGCGCCAAGCUUCAGUCUGAGGCCGAGGAGGCUUGCGAGCGAAUCGCCCUGUAAGAGACCAAGGCGCACACACCACUGCCAUGCCUCAAACGUUGUGUGUCGUCGUGCGCUGUGGUUUCGCCCAGGCUGGAGCAGCAGCUGGAGAAGGAGAGGGCCGUUCACAGGGUCAAGCAGGCCAUCACACACGAGGUCAUCGGCGACCUGACGGACCGUGUCCUGCGGUGCGUCUACGAGGCAGAGCGAGACGUCGGCUAG